ACGGUUCACUGCGUCACGUGUCGCGCUCUUUAAAUUGCUGUCGAAUAAUGCAAAACGAGCAGAUGGCGCUGCUGCCGCCGGUGGAGAACAGCACCAAAUUGGUCAGCAAACCAUUUCCAAAGCCCUUCUCCAUUGAGAGUCUGAUUGCCAAUCAAACACCAGCCGUUGUUCCGGAACAAGCGGAACUGGAGCAGGAACAGAGUCACGAGCGGGAGCGCGAUCGCGAACGGGAACUGGAUCGGGAACGGGAUAGUGAUCGGGAGUUUAAUGCACGUGCCAUUGUGGCCAGCUCGGCGCUGGGUCUCACACAGUUUCCGCUGUACAAUCCCUGGCUGCACGGCUACUUUGCCCAGAAUCAUGAACGGCUCUCGCAUUUAAUUGCCGGCGGUUGUUACCUGGGCACACCCUUUGCCGGCAAGGAGCCGCCACCACCGCCGCCGUCCCAACCGUCACAUGCCUUGGAUAACAUAAGCCUAAGUCCGUCAAAGCCCAACGAUGCCGAGUUGGCGCAUCGCCUGUCACUGCCCCAUCCGCAACCGCAUCCACAUCCGCUGGACACCCGUUUCCUGCCCUUCAAUGCCGCCGCUGUGGCAGCAACAACGCCAUCGGAUUUGAGCUAUCGCCGCCUUGCGGAACUUAUGAACCAGGAUUAUGUACACAAUCUAAGCAUGCACUCGCGUCUCCAGCACAUGUCUGCAUCGCGGGCACAGGAGGAGAGCCAGCAUCAGGCACUGGUACCACCACAACAGCCCCAAUCUCCCCAAGAGUCAUCGCCCUCCAAGUCCAAGUCGCACAGUCCCAUUGAGCCGGCGGUGGAUGUGGGCAUGGAUGAGGAUUACGAGUGCAGCGGCGAUUCAUGCAGCGACAUCAGCCUCACCAUGUCCCCGAGGAACUACACGGCGGAGCUCGACAAAAGUCGCAAUGGAGCUUACACCAACUCGGACAGCGAGGACUGCAGUGAUGAUGAAGGUGGAAAUUCACGACAUGAGGCCGGCGGCAAGGAGUCCCAAGGCGGCGGCAGCAGCAGCUCCAAGUCCCGACGGCGUCGCACGGCGUUCACAUCGGAGCAACUGCUCGAGCUGGAGCGCGAGUUUCAUGCCAAAAAGUAUCUCAGCCUCACGGAGCGCAGUCAAAUAGCCACAAGUCUGAAAUUGAGUGAAGUGCAGGUCAAAAUCUGGUUUCAAAAUCGUCGCGCCAAAUGGAAACGCGUUAAGGCCGGACUUACGUCGCAUGGUUUGGGCCGCAAUGGUACUGCCAAUGGCACUAAAAUAGUGGUGCCCAUACCUGUGCAUGUGAACCGAUUUGCGGUACGCUCCCAACACCAGCAGCUGGAGAAAAUGUGCCUCAGCGGUCCCAAACCGGAUCUGCGCAAGAAGCUAUCAACGGAAGCGAUUAGCGGUUUCGAGAAGUUCAACGCUGGAUCUGGCAACGCUGUCGGUGUCGGUGUGGGCUUGGGCGUGGCCAUGGGCGUUGGUAUGCCGCCAAUGGGCGCACUUGCCCCCAGUCCCGCCACCUCAUUGGCCCUGGCACGCAGUAUUUAUUAAGCUUGAACAGGAAUUGAAAUGUUUUCUUUUUAUCUGAGUUAUCUUUGUAUAUAAGCAAGUCCCUUUUAGCAGCCCCUAAGCACAUACAAUUUGACCUAAGUGUGGAAACAAAGUUUUGUAAAUAAACAAAAUUGAAUUCAA